UUUUAUUCUCCUUUUUUGAACUAAAGAAGAGAUUGAUCGAGACCUUUUAUUUUUGUAUAUAUUUGAUCCCAGGCCCGCUACUUAACUCUCUUGAUCCUUAAUAUUCGCGGGGAAUCAAUAGAGAAUAAGAAGACUGAAAAAGUAUCAUUCUCCCUAUUCUCUUCUCUUUUUUUCUCUUUUCUUUUUAUUUGUAGAGCGACAACUUUCUUUUCUUUUUGCACUUUUGUCUUUUUGUUGUACUUGCAUAGUACAGAAUACAUACAGCAAAUUUUUAUGAUGGCAUUACUAAAGCAUUGGUUCUUAUUGUCAUGUCUAUUGUUUUCUUUUGUAUUGGCACAAAAUGUUACCUCAAUUGAAACCGUCAACAGCACUAGUACUACAGACUCCAUCAUAUCAACCAUGUCAUCAUCAUUGACUGCAGAGCCUACGUUUAUCCCCUCUUCCACCAUUCCAUCGUCUACUGAAACUAUAGAUGCUACCUCCUCUUAUGCAAUGCCUACUGUGCAGAGCACAGGCUUUACUCAGAACGGGAAUCAGCCAGCAGACGAACAGCAGAGCUGGCUCAAAGAACACAAUCGAUUUGUGUUUAUUAUCUUUAUUGGUCUGCUGGUACUUGGUCUGUUGGUUUGGUAUAUCUAUCGUAGCAUUAAGGGCAUGCGUAAACGACUAGAGCGAGAGAAUCAAGAUCAAUUGUACAUGAUGCAACAAACCCAUACAAACGAUGCUAUUGGAAACGAUCGUGUGAUUCCUGAAGGCCCUAUCAGUCCGCCACCAGCUUACAAGACACACGAAAACACACCUGUAUCCAACCAUUAAAUAUCUCUAUAUAUCUUAACUGUAAUAUAUAUAUACACACACAUUUUAUCUAUAAUAUAUACUUGUUUCAAAAAAUCGUAACUUUGUGAUCAACACAUUUAUUAGGUCUGACAAGCAAGCUAAUUUACUUUUGAGUGACACCCAGGUCAGUGGUGCUCCUCUCUAAUCCCUUUCCCAUUCCUUCUUUUACUAUUUAAAGUAUUUAUCUGGUCUUGAAAAAAAACGUUUACCC